AUGGGCUCAGUUACUCCUCCAGCCGAGGCGGGCGAGUUCGAAACUCGACUGUUCAUAAACGGAAAUUUCGUCGAGGCCAAAAGCACAAAUAGACUCAGCAUAUACAGUGCCAACGACAAUUCGCUCGUCAGCUCAGACGUCCACGUCGCCGGACAAGCAGAUGUGGACGACGCCGUGGCUGCCGCGAGAGCGGCCUUCAGCUCCUGGGCAUCAACCCCGCCGAUACAAAGAUGUAAGCUGCUGCUACGCCUGGCAGAUUUGAUCGAAGCGAACGCAGAGGAAUUGGGCAGACUCGAGGCCCUGUGUUCUGGCAAACCCAUGUCCCAAACGCGGCAGUUUGAAGUGCCCCUGGCGGCAAAUGUCUUCAGAUACUACGCGGGUUGGUGUGACAAGCUCGAGGGAGAGUCGUGGCCCGCAGACAACGGUUUCAUGAAGGUCGUCCGACGAGAGCCGCUCGGGGUCUGCGCCGCCGUCAACGCUUUCAACGGCCCGCUGGUCAUGAUUGCCUUCAAGGGCGCGCCGUGCCUCGCGGCGGGAAACACCAUGGUCAUGAAAUCCAGCGAGAAGACGCCCUUGAGUACCAUUUUCUUCGGGAAGCUGCUCCAGCAGGCUCAAAUUCCGCCUGGCGUGUUCAACCUGCUCUCUGGAGCUGGGGAGACAGGGGCGCUGCUCGCGUCGCACAUGGACGUAGACAAGAUCUCUUUCACGGGGAGUGUCAACACGGGCAAGAAGAUCGCCGUCGCCGCAGCUUCCAGCAACCUCAAGCGAGUCACACUGGAGCUUGGUGGGAAAAGCCCCAGCAUUGUGUUUCCUGACGCAAAUCUCGAUGUUGCAACACAGUGGUGCGUGCAAGGCAUCGUUGGCAACUCCGGCCAGGCUUGUAUAGCCAGUUCACGCGUCUAUGUGCACAAGGACAUCAGGGAGACCUUUGUACAACGCCUCAAAACCGCUUUCGAACAAAGUCAUGCUGCUUUUGGAAAAGAUGCACACUCGGACUCAACACAUAUCGGGCCGUUGGUCGACAAGUCGCAGUUUGAGAAGGUGACCCAAUAUGUAGAAGCUGGCAAGGCAGAAGCCACUCUAAUCACUGGAGGUCAAGCCUUGUAUGAUCAAGGCUGUUGGAUGACUCCGACGAUUUUCCUGGACCCUGUGCCGGAUGCAAAAAUCUACAGAGAAGAAAUCUUUGGCCCCGUUGUGGUCGUGAGCGACUUCAGCACCGAAGAAGACGUCAUCCAUCGUGCAAAUGCUACAACCUUCGGACUUUCAGGAGCCGUCUUCACGCAGGACGUCAAUCGAGCGAUGAGGGUGGCGUCUCAGAUCACCAGCGGCACAGUGUGCGUGAACUGCUGCACCAUGGUUGACUAUACAGUGCCAUUUGGAGGUCUCAAGCAAAGUGGCUGGGGUCGAGAGCUUGGAAAGGCUGGGAUCCAUGCAUACACAGAGCUCAAGACGGUCUUCAUCAACUUAACGUAUUAG